AUGGCAACCCCAUUCAAGCCGAGGGAUAACCCCGCCUUCAUCCUCCACGGCAAGCUCAACACCAGUUAUGAGCAGCUUCCUGUACCCGAAGUAGGCCCCGACGACGUCCUCGUCCAAGUCAAGGAAACUGGCAUCUGCGGCUCAGAUGUGCACUUUUACAACUCGGGCCGUUUGGGCUUGGUGUCGUGUUGUGGGGCGAUGGCGCUGGGUCACGAGUCGGCUGGCGAGAUUGUGCAGCUUGGAGCGAACCUCGCCGCCGCCGCAGAAUCCAACAAGCCCAUCUUUCGCGUGGGCGACCGCGUGACUCUCGAGCCCGGGACGACGUGCCGGAUGUGCUCGGACUGCCGCACUGGUCAAUACCAGAUCUGCGAGCACAUGGAAUUCGCAGCCUACCCCCCCAUCAACGGCACCCUUCAACGCUACUACAAGCUCCCGCACGACCUCGUCUAUUCCCUCCCCGACAAUGUCGAGACAAUCUACGGAGCCAUGAUGGAACCCCUCUCGGUGGCCGUACACAGUGUCUCGAAUGUCGGCGGGUUACGUACCAACCAGAACGUGCUUAUUUUCGGCGCCGGUCCGGUCGGGUUACUAGCCAUGGCCGUGGCCAAGGGGAUUGGGGCGGCGCGGGUUAUUGGGGUGGAUAUCAAUGCCGACCGGCUGGAUUUCGCCCGUUCCUAUGCGGCAACGGAUACUUUUACCCCGCCAUCCAAAGGGGAGGAAAGUGGUGCAGAGUACGCGUUGCGGGCGGCGAAGAAACUCCUGGCCGAUCUUGCAAUUCCGGAGCGCGGGCACGGGUCUAUCGAUCUCGUCGUUGACGCGACCGGCGCCGAGACUUGCAUCGCCAUGGGACUGAAUGCUGUUCGGCCGGGAGGCACUUUUGUGCAGACUGGCUUUGGGCCGCCCGAUGUCGCUAUUCCAAUGUUCCGCGUUGUUACGAACGAAAUCAAGAUCAAGGGAUCGUGGCGCUAUGGAUCGGGCGAUUACCCGCUCGCGAUUGACCUCGUCGCCCGUGGGCUUGUUGACCUCAAGCCUCUCCUCACACACCAGUUUUCGUUCGAGAAUGCGCUCGAGGCGUUUGAGCUCACUCGUGCCGGCAAGGACAAGGAUGGCAAGCCCGUGAUCAAGUGUGUCAUCCACGGCCCCAAGUAG